CCUCCCGCUAUAUUUGUGCUUAAAAGCCUUUUGCGGCCAAAAAAAUCUCCAAGAAUGGAAGGAGGCCGAAGAGCGGAAGCGGAGAGUUCCUCUGCUGCUGCCAGAGCUCCCCCGGAGAUCAGCGAUGAUUUGGCCGAGGAGGCCAAGGCGGAGUUCGGCGUUGGAGACGAUGAGGACGACGGCGACAACGAAGUUGGCAGAGACGAGGGCGAGGAACCCGGUGCCGAUGGGUUCGUUCCGUCGCCGCUGAUUCCCCUAAGCGAUCAGGUGGAGAAAGACAAGGAAGAUGAAAGUCUGAGGAGGUGGAAAGAAAAGCUGCUUGGUGGCGUUGACGGGGAGUUAAACAGCAAAGUUGAACCUGAAGUUACAUUUCACUCGAUAGGAGUUGUAUCUGAGGGCUUUGCUAAUUUGAUUACAUCCUUACCAGUAGCAAAGAACCAAAGUCAAAUUCUUUUUACUCUCAAGGAGGGAUCCAAGUAUCGGCUUAGGUUGACUUUCACCGUUAGGCAUAAUAUUGUCUCUGGCUUAACUUAUUCAAAUGUAGUGUGGAAGAGAGGGAUCAAAGUGGAUCAAAUCAAGGGAAUGCUUGGUACAUUUGCUCCUCGGCGGGAUCCUUACGAACAUUUGCUGGAAGAAGAGACUACUCCAUCUGGGGUCCUUGCUCGAGGAAUUUACUCAGCAAAACUUAAGUUUGAAGAUGAUGAUAAGAGAUGUCAUUUGGAGCUUAGCUAUUCCUUCGAAAUCAAGAAGCACUGAGGAUAUAUCGUCCUCGACUAUGAUCAAUCAAAAUGAAGAACUACAAAAACAAGCAUGUGUAAAGAUUAUAUACUGCAAAUUUGGGUGAUGUAGCAGAGCAUAUUGGAAAAAUGGGAAUCUGAUUGGGAGACUCUUUAUGCUUUAUAUAUGUAGAAAUCCACCUGCAUAUUUAUUGCAUUCGCCAUGUUGUAACAGCAGCAAGUCACUAAGUUACAACCACCUUGCUUGCAGUGACCUACAAAAUCAUCCUGUUCUUGCCUUGUACGUGUUUAUAGUUAUUGGAUAUGAACUCUAGUUUUGAUCUGGCA